AAAUUAAACUAUUUAAAAAAAUAAUUGUGAGUUUAAGAAAAGUAGUAAUAUAUUAUUUCUUGAAUGGAAGUGUUUUUAUAAAAAAAAAUUAAGGACUAAGUGAGAGUAUUUCUAGUGGACGUCCCUAACUUCAGCAUGGACUCAGACGUCCAUAUUGUACGCGCCAUACUGCGCCAAAACGAGUUCUUGUUGCGGCGUCAUUUGGUGCUAUCAAAAACUGUUCUGGACAAUCUUAGAACCACCGGCCUCAUCACUGACGUCACGCGUAGGAAGAUAUUGCUGGAGCCAGCCCACAAGCAGGUGCCAGUCCUUCUCGGCUGUCUGGAGAACAAAGGGAUCCCGUCCUUGAGGAAAUUCUUGGAGGUGUUGCGUAACACUGGUCACGGAUGGAUGGUGGAGCAUAUACUGGAUACAGAUAUUAGCAUGGGAGGAGGGAAAGGAAGGAGCACAGACGACAUCGGAUACAGGGACCGUCACCAGCCCACCUUCACCAGACCCCACCCCCAGAUCGCCGACUACUUCAGCAAGCGGACACGGCUCGACGUGGCGAGGCCGGACAACCGGAAGAGUGUGACGGCGGGGCUGGGCUACCAGCCGGACGCCGGCAUGUCGCUGGGAUCUUUGUUGAAAGCCAGAGAGCCCGUGGAUAUGCCAGAAACAGCCACAAGGGGGAUCAUCAAUGCCAGGACGUUGUUCGCUGAUCCCAUGGCCGGCGGUGUUUAUCCCUCUCAGCCCGGGUUACUUCCGGGUCUCCCAGCAUAUGCUAAUCACCCAGUUCACUACCCAAGGUCAAGGGAAGAAAUCCCAAUAACCUUGUAUGGCUUAAAUCAGGCCUUUUCCGACCAGGACCAGAAGAACCAACAAGCCUUGUCCGUGCUGCAACAGGAAGAAGUAGCCAUCCGGCAGCUGAUGCAGCAGAACGCGCGCGACCAGGGCAACGUCCGGCGGAAGCAGGCGGCCGUGCAGGACAUCGUCCACAGGCUCAAGGACAUCCACAACCGCGCCAAGGACGUGUACGAACCGUCGCCGAACCCGAACAUUGGGCGCUACCGGCUGGCACAGCUGAACCAGAUCCCUUGGUCGAUAGACAAUUGAGACUUAGUCACAUUAGAGAUGAGACU